CCCUCCGAACCAACCGAGCCAGCCUACGUGCAGCGGAGAGGAAGUGGAGGAAAUCCAUGGCUCAAUCUGACCUGUCUGCCUACCAGUCACUGCUAGCUACAUUUUCUACUGCUGUAACCUCUGCUAAAAUUAAUUAUUAUCAAACAAAAAUUCAUAAAUCUGCCUCUAACCCUCAUCAACUGUUCUCCAUUUUUUCUUCUCUCCUCAGCACUCCUCCUUCCCCACCUCAGUCCUCCCUCGCUGCAGAUGACUUUGCGGUUUUCUUCGAUGAGAAGAUUGCAGACAUCCGCAGCUCCUUCACGUCCACCGCCACCCUUCCCCACUCCCCCCUCUCUGUUCCCUCCCCUUGUUUCUCCACUUUCUCUCCCCUCAUUGACUCUGAUGUUUCCCAGCUCCUACUCUCCCACCGCCCUACCACCUGUGCUCUUGACCCUGUCCCUUCCUCUCUCCUCCAGACUAUCACACCUGACAUCCUCCCGUUUGUCACCUCCCUUGUGAACUCCUCCUUGUCUUCUGGAUGUUUCCCCUCUUCCUUCAAGCUGGCCCACAUCACCCCAGUGCUGAAAAAGCCCACUCUGGAUCCCUCCGUCAUCCAGAACUACCGUCCUGUUUCCCUUCUCCCUUUUUUAUCCAAAACAAUUGAACGAGCUGCUUCUAACCAACUCUCCUCUUUUCUCUUACUGAACAACCUCCUAGACCCCCACCAGUCCGGCUUCAGACCUGGCCACUCGACAGAGACCGCACUCCUCUCGGUCUCCGCUCGGAUCUCUGCUUGCCUGAGGGACAUCCAGAGCUGGAUGGAUAACCACCAUCUUAAGCUGAACCCAGGUAAGACAGAGAUGAUCUUCAUCCCUGCUCCAUCCUCUAACCUCCUUGACUUUUCCAUUUCUCUAGGGGAAACUGGUGUCAUCAUCACCCACCGCAAAAAACCUCGGAGUGUUUUUGAGAGCAUCAACACUGACAAAGGAAUCGGAAAAAGUAAAAAUAACAGUGAGAGCAAACCCGAGUACAGCCCGGAGCAAAGCGCCUGUGAGAUAGGAGGCCCCCAGCAGGUCCAGCAGGGGAAAGGAGGCGCAGCCAGAACUGCUGAGUGA